AAGCAGCAGCGAGAGAGGGAGAGAGAGAGAGAGAGAGGCUGCAUGAGGUAGAGGAUUGUGAAUCAGUCUAUUGGCGCUCAAACGGGUUAUUGCGCACACAGCGGACUGAACUAUAGCGACGACUCCAACUACGACCCAAGUGUGAAGGUGUCCAAUUUCGGAGCGUCAGAACCGUGGACCGGGACUGGUUCUGGUUCGCACCGCCGCGGGGGGGAAAACUUGCCUUUAUUCCGUUUUUCCUCUAAUUAAAGACAGAAGUGAUGCACAAUAUGCGGCGCGAGCCCGGAGAAAGACGGUUUCCUCACGUGAGAACAGUUUAAUGGGCUCCUUCACGGGAUUACUGCUUCCCCCAGUAACGAUGGGUCCGCUGGCGCCGGACCGGAGGCUGUCGUGUCUCCUCGUGCAGGCGGCGGCGCUGCUGCUGCUCGGCGGGGGGGAGCGCACGUGCCCCGUCAGCUGCCGCUGCGACGGCAAGAUCGUCUACUGCGAGUCGGGCGUCUUCCGCGACGUCCCGGAGAACAUCACGUCGGGCUGCCAGGGCCUGUCGCUGCGCUACAACGACCUGCUGGUGCUGCUGCCGUACCAGUUCGCCCACCUCAGCCAGGUGAUCUGGCUGUACCUGGACCACAACGCCAUCAGCGCCGUGGACGCGCUGGCCUUCCACGGCGUGCGCAGGCUCAAGGAGCUGAUCCUCAGCUCCAACAAGAUAGCCCACCUGCACAACAAGACGUUCAGCGCCGUGCCCAACCUGCGCAACCUGGACCUGUCCUACAACCAGCUCCAGUCGCUGCAGCCGGGCCACUUCCACGGGCUGCGCAAGCUGCAGAACCUCCACCUGCGCUCCAACGGCCUGAAGCUGAUCGUUGUGAGGACCUUCCUGGAGUGUCGCAGUCUGGAGUUCCUGGACCUGGGCUACAACCGCCUGCGGAGCCUUACCCGCACCACUUUCCUGGGCCUCUUCAGGUUGAGGGAGCUCCACUUGGAGCACAAUCAGUUUUCCAGGAUUAACUUCUUCAUUUUCCCGCGCCUCACCAACCUGCAGGCCCUGUACCUGCAGUGGAACCGCAUACGCUCCAUCAGCCAGGGCGCGCCCUGGACCUGGCACAAGCUGCAGAAGGUGGACCUGUCUGGGAACGACAUCCAGAUGUUGGACCCGGCCGUUUUCCAGUCCAUGCCGAACCUGCAGACGCUCAACCUCGAGUCCAACAAGCUGAGCAGCGUGCCCAUGGAGGCCGUGGCGGCGUGGACGUCGCUGACCGCCGUCAGCCUGGCGGGGAACUCCUGGGACUGCAGCCCCAGCAUCUGCCCUCUCAUGCUGUGGCUCCAGGCCUUCAAAGACUCCAAGGACAUCAGCAUGAUAUGCAGCAGCCCCAAGUCUGUGCAGGGCGAGAAGGUGGUGGACGUGGUGAGGAACCAGUCCACGUGCGCGGACGCGCUCCGGCCCACGCCGGCCGCGCCGCCGGCCUCCGCGCCGGCCGCGCCGGCCGUGGACCUCGCCGCGCGCCCGUGGACCCCCGUGGGGACGGACCCGGCUCGCAGCGGGUCGCCGGCGCAGAGGUCAACCCCUCCCACGGUCCGUUCCAGCGGCAGGAGGACCACGGACUCCGCCGCCCCCACCUCCGUCACGUUCCCCGUCUCCCCUCAAGCCUCCACAUCAGUUGUCCCCGAGCUGCACUUUGAACAUAUGGCUUUCCACAAAAUCAUUGCGGGCAGUGUAGCGCUGUUCCUGUCGGUGUCAUUGAUCCUCCUGGUUAUUUAUGUCUCGUGGAGGCGCUACCCCAACACCAUGAGGCAGCUGCAGCAGCACUCAGUCAACCAUAAGCGCAGGAAAAAGACCCGCAAGCAGGAGCAGGACCUGAACACUCAGCUGCAGGAGUACUAUCUGAGCUACCACUCCAACUCGGACACCAUGGACUCGCUGGUGAACGAGGCCAGGCCGUGCACGUGCACCGUGUCAGGCUCCAUAGAAUGUGAGGUCUGAGCGGCCUCGCCGAGACCCGCACGAGACUCCGAGUGCCGCUGCCGAGCUCCAGUUGAUGUUUCUUCCGCGAGAUCAAGCAUUUUCCCCUCUAAUGUGAGCUGAUAGAUUCUGCAGCACUGAAGGAAAUACUUGGGGGUGGUACAAUAUAAUUAUGCGCACAUAAAAGAGGAGCGGGACGGGGAUAUGUUGGGAGGGAGCUAAUUAUCACCCUGACUGACACGUGAACGGCGGCGGGCGUCGUCCGGGUUAGCCGUGCGCGGCGUCACGCGACCGCGGGAUCCGCCGCAGCGUCGGCCGGCAGCUCCCGAGAGAGACUGACCUUAUUCGUAGUCAACCCACUGUGUGUGUGUGUGUGUGUGUGUGUGUGUGUCGCCAUAGAAGAAGAACGGGCGAAGCCACUUUGCACUCGCCAGUUCGUUUUUUUAGUUUUUUUUUAAUUAUGUAGCUCGUGAAGCGUUAAUAUGUACUGUAUGUGUGCAUCUUUGAGGGGUUUGGGCGGAUUUGUAAUUCACUGACGCCUGGCUGGGAGAGAUACGGCGCUGCACCUCAUUCUCAAAGACAAUUAGUCCAGUUCAAGUGUAUUUGCCUUUGGAGCAUCGCUGUAGUGCAGCUCCCGCGAAACAGCUGGGGGCCGUCGUGGAGAGAGCCUUCUGUCCUGAGAUAUUCUGCAUGAAUUAAUUCUAUUUACCUAAGCUGCUUCUCUCCGCCGUAGAAUUAAAAAAAAAACAAUGAGAUUAAACGUGCUCUGUGCCAGACUAACGAGCUACAGUGCGUUUGAAAUACCCAAGGACGAUCUCAGGACUUCCCCACAUGUACGAACCAGUCGGGUCCAGUCGAGGCCUUGAUGCGUCAAAAGUCGUAGUAGUGUCGAUUUUCACCGAGUUUUUGUAUCGAUGACUCCUUUCAUUAUGGUUAUGCAUUGUGUGUGUAAAGACAUAAAAUGGCUACUUGGUAUUCUAUGUGAUAAUGACUGUGUAAUUAAAAGACACUGACGGCUAUUGAAAA